AUGGCUGCCUCAAACGUCAAGGUUGGCGCUGUCAUGGAACGCAGAUCGAUGUUGGGAUUUCAUACCAGCCAAGCUCAGUGCAUCGGAAGCAACUCGGGACGGGCGAUUUGUUGUAGACAGAAGCUGGGGGGUGGGAGGAUCAACGUCAUAGCAGGGAGAAAGUCGCGCAAGAGUGUGCUUGUUUGUCAGGAUAGACAAACGUCUUGGGGACAAGACACAAAAGAAAAAGACAUACAAGAGGGCGACCUGGUCAGAGUGCGUGAAGAUGCGGCGAAAAUAAUGGCGGGAAAGGGAUGGAACGAUAUUGUCAUGUCGAAAACACUUGGAGAACAUGGAGUGGUCAAGCUUGUGAGACACGCACCCUCAGUUGAUAUUGCAAUGGUGGAGUUUGAAAGGAUUCCGGGAUCACAGGAGCUGAAAGACAACAUGGCUGCCAUUCAAGAGCACAUGCAGAAGAAGCGAAUUGAGCAAAUUGAGCAACGUCUUGCUCAGUUUGAUAAACAGAAAGAGACGAAGAAUCCAACCGUGGAGAAGAGUCAUACAUCCGAUCGGAAGGAGAAGGAGAAGAAAAACGAGAAGGAGGAGGAGAAGGAGGAGGAGGAGGAGGAGGACAUUUUGGAUGAGAUUAAGCGAAACGGGUAUGGACCGAUUAAGUUAGAAAACCUCAGUCCGGGCAUGAAGGCAUGGUAUCAUGGGAGACGGUUCAGUUACCCUCGAUUCUUCAAAAAGACACCCAAGCCAUACCUCGAAAGAUUGGAGAAAACCGUCGAGGAGUAUGAAGCGAAGAUGAGAAAGGAAACUAAGAACGAAGGGAGUGGCGUCGCUGACGUCAAAAACAAUCUAUCGCAAGACAAUCAUGCGUUUAUGAGCACAAUCAAGGGUGAGAAGAAGGAUGAGGUUGGAUCGAAGAAAACGAAUGAGUUGAAGCAACCGGAAAUGCCGAGAGGCGAAGAGAAUUCGCAAGGUUGCACUUUGUACGUGUGA